AUGCGUGAAGAAAUGGUGACGAAUGGGCUUAACUUCCUACAGCAUCCUAACGUUCAGGCAACUCCGCUGUCUGAGCGCGUAUCAUUUCUAGAGAAAAAGGGAUUAACAAAGGAAGAGAUUCAAGAAGCAAUUGAACGCCAUCAAACAAAAUAUAUAUCGAAUCCAACCGUGGCAUCAAACCAUCAACUGUCACAUGUAACGAAUGCCGCUCGGGCCAUACAGUACCAGACACAAUUUCCUGCCUAUGCUCGAAUACUCUGGACAGUUUCGUCUCUAGUUGGUGCAGCUUCUAUUUUAUCUUUUUUAUGGAAUUUUGCCGUGCAAUCAGGUUACAUUCCUUGGCUGCGACCGGUAGUUCCUUUAUUAGAGGCAAGUAAAUUACAAGAAGAGAAGGAGCAGGAAGCAAAGAAAGAUGAGGCUCUUCUGGCCGAACUAUCGAGUGUGUCAUCCGCUAUACAACAACAGACUGAAGAGCUUGCCAAGUUAAGCGUGUCGCUGGAUAAGAAGGAACAUGAUCUACAGAGUAAAAAUUUAUCUGCCCAGAUUUCGAGCUCGCUGAUUGAACAGAGUAAUUGGCAGUCUAUUGCCGAGCUAAAAGCUGAAAUAUCGACUCUGAAGGCACUUUUGCUUUCAAAAAGCACAGAGAGUAUCAGCAAAGUGGAGGAUAACAUUGAAGAGACGAAAAGUGAAUCAAGCGAGAUUCUUAAAACAGCUACAGGUUCUGUUAAUCCGCAGCAACCACCUUAUGUGGUCCCUCAAGUAUUGUCGAAAGCGAAAGAGAUGAUGAAAGCAUUGAAGGAAAUUCAAACAGAGAAUUCGUUGGAUCAACUGAAAAUUGCAUCGGAUAUUCUCAUCAUGUACGUCACGAAUCUUAUUGAGAAUCCAGAUGUGCCUCGCUACCGUCGCAUUGCUCCUGGGAAUGCGAAUUUUAAGCAGAAAGUUGAGCCUCUUAAGCACCACGAAGAAUUGCUCAAGUCUAUUGGAUUCGAGACAGUAGGUCUCAAUAUGGAGUGGAAAUGGCAUACAGCAAGCAAAACGACUGGUGCAUUUGAUGAUAACAUUGCCAUUUUACGUGCAUUGCUCAAAGCUCUGAAGUCUCUUUCUCACCCAAAGUCAUCGUACACUAAUUUCUCGCUGGAAGAGAUUGCUCGCACAAGUCUUGAUAAAUUUGUUGCAAAGCAAGAAAAGAUAAAGUGCGAUGCUUUAACAAUCCCAACAACUCAAACAGAGCAGCGCAAUAUCUUUGAUGAUCCAUCAAUCUCAACAUCCACAAGUCUUGAUGCUUUUAUGGAGCGAUUAGAGCAGCAAACUACUGCUACAAAUUCCGCUCAUUCUGUCAAAAAUGUGGAAACUAAGGUCACAACCCUGCAUAAACGUGAGGAUGUUGAUGAGGAAAACCUAUCAAUUUUUACAAGAAACUCCUCUCAAGUGGUGAGAAAUAGCGAACCGUCAUAUCCAAAGUCAUUUACCGAUAUAGUGGAUCUCAUUCAAAAAGGCGAGCCAGUGCCAGGUAUACGCGACAUCGAAGAAAAGUUGUCAGUUGACACGAAUGACUUACUGAAAGAGCAGAUUCUAGUUCAGGAGGCAGUUACGAAACCUUGGGAAAAGUGUAACCCGCCGGAUGUUAAUCUGGUUAUCCGGCAAGUAUAUUAUCUUGCCGCAGCGAUUCACACUUAUGAUCAAGUCGUUUUCCGCAUCGAUAAAGCAACAUCUCUCGCCGAUCAUCGGUUAAUCGUUGUCUAUACGAUUUUGGGUCUAGUCUUCAGUUACACGUGCUCGACCUUGUCGAUCAGAAGGAAAGAGAAAGGAGGACCAAGCGCUUUUCUACUUUUUCUAGACUGA